AUGCUGUCUCGGGGCCUCUUGCGCAGUGCCUGCCGCGUGGCGAACCUGGGAGAAGCAAAGGCCGUGCAGCCGCGCCAAUGGAUGCCUGCCAUGGCGUACCGCCGCUUUGGAUCCGGAGGUGAUCCCCGAGCACAUCUCAACCCAGAUGGCACUAGGCCAGAAGAGGAGGAUGCCGAGGACUACCACGACCCAGACCCGACGGAGCAUUUCCCUCGGAUGAAGCUUGUGAAGGAGCGCGGCCAGAACUGGGUGGUCUCCCAAGAUCCGCCCAAGCAAAUCUCAGAGCUGUACUUCACACACCAGGAGCAUGUGCCAUUCUAUCCGCGCCAGCGCAUCUUGAUCUGGACCAACUACAAACUCCUGAUGAAGGCUGAAUACCUGUUCUUCUACAUCCCCACCAUCAUCAUCCUGGGGCUUUGUAUUCCUGCCGGGGCCCAGAUGCGAGGGUUUCAAGGAUCACUUUUUGCGCCUUCUUGUGCAGUUGAAGAGGGUCCCAGGUUAUGGCGGAGCUUCGUUGUUUCAGCCGGCGAAAUCAAAUUUAAAUCGCAGCAAAUGUCGACCCGACCCUUCAGCCUUGCACCAGCUUAA